CGGGCCAAUUGGGGGCGCUCUUGAUUCGGACCAUUCUAAAAACUUCUAAAAACCAAAGAUCGUACGGUACAGCUUUGCUGAGCCCACCAACGUGCACCACUGGCACUAACACUAGGCGCCGGGCCUACAUGUGUACUGAGACGUUGAGGUCUGAGAAGCAACUUUGAGGUGAACAAUGCGGGAAUCGGUGGCGUGAAGUACUUAGGCGAGGAAGGCAUCAUGAACGUCUAUGACGACAUCAUACGAGUCAACGUUCGGGCAGUGCUGCAGCUGACCCAUCUUGCUGUUCCACACCUUGCUCAAUCCAAAGGGAAUAUUGUCAACGUUUCCAGCGUUUGCGCCACUAGAACUCUUCCUAUGAUGAUCACAUACAAUAUGUCCAAGGCAGCCAUCAUGCAGUUCACUAAAUGCUGUGCACUUGAAUUAGCUGCAAAGCAAGUUCGCGUCAAUGCUGUCAAGUGAGUUUUGUUGAGAUUUGA